CCCGCUCAACCUUCCACUUUUCCUCGAAAGAAAGGCAGAAAGAAACCCAGGAAGAAAGGAAGAGGGGAAGGAAGGCAGGAAGGACGCACAAGGAAAUCAUGCGGUCACUGACUAUCAGCAUGCAACUCUCAUUUGGUCAACCACUCAUCUGAACAGGCUCUUUUUCUUGACUUUCCGUCCUCGCAACCCCCACCCUUCGAAGUCGUUCAACAUGGCCACCACUCCAUCGCAAGCGUUGACCAAACGUCAAAGCGAACAAAGCCUUAUGCCCCCUCCUCCUCCACCGAAGCGCAUCAAACGGCCAGCCACGGUUCUGGACGAAGAUGUCUACACAAAUGCCUUAUCGGAGAUUAUUGCUCGUGACUACUUUCCCGGACUGCUGGAGGAACAAGUGAAGCAGGAGUACCUAGACGCGCUGGAAUCGAAGGACAAAGCAUGGAUUACGAGUUCGAAAAAGAAACUCACAGAUUUGUUAAAGACUCCCGGCAGAGCUCGCACCGUUCCGCGCCUCCAUGGUACAGAACGGCCGCAUGACACCCCGACCGGCUGGCGAGGAGAUACGCCGAGGUCGGUGAUCUCAACGACCACGACUGCAAUGUCUGAGUCCGCUCUAAAAGAUAUCCCAGACGUGUCCAAUCUGGGGCUCAUGGCAUUCCAGGCCAAAUACACCAGCGAAGACAACGAGUCGUUCAAUAAACUGCUGGACAAACAGAAUGCCAAGCGCCAGGAGAAGUACGCCUGGCUCUGGAGUGGAAACAAGAUUCCUACGGCUCGGCAGAUUGCCCACCGACAACGGGAAGCGAAACGCAUCGCAGCACAGGAGGCCAGUACUGAGCGACAGCUAGCGAUCAAGACGGAUUUGGACUCCCGGCCCGCAAAGCCGGAUACUUGGAAGUCCAGACCGGAGAACUCGCUCAUGUUUAUGCCGUCUUCGAUAGAGGAUACACACGAGACCCUCUCACAAAAAGCUGAAGCGCUUUCGCGCGCGUGGCCUAAGCGAGUGGUGCACGAGAAUACCAGGCUACCGGAGCCAAGUGUGCAUGAGGGCAACGGCGUCCCUCCCUCGCCAUCGAUAUCCGCCAUCAAAGAUGCCAUUGCUGGCCAGCCCCGACUCACCGAAUCCGAAGCGGGAUAUGGCGGGGGAGAGACGCCACGGGUUAACGGAUAUGCUUUUGUCGACGAGGACGAGCCCGAACCGGACUACGACCAUGCUGCCGCGGAAACCUCAGAGCUGGCAUCCUUGUCAGGUGACGAUCUUCGCCUGCUCGGGGCGAGCGACUCUACCCCCAACCCGUUCUCGAUCAGGGAGAACCGCAAACGCGAAGAACUGCACCACCGCAUGGUCGACCGGGUAGCAAGAACGAAACGCGCUGAGAAGGCGGCGCGCGAGGGUAGAACGCCUGUAACGCCGCGUUUCGCGAGCAGCCCUCGGUUGGAUUUUGGGCUACGUACCCCUGCGGCUGCUGCGUCCAGCGGACAGGGCAAGGCUCUGACCCCUGCGGCGCAGAAGCUACUGCAACAGGUUGGAAGCACACCUCGACCGACAGCAAGCUCCUCGAGUCUGAGGAAUUUGUGGACCCCGACUCCGAGGAAAGCUAAAUGAUUGUUGACCUUUUCCUACGAGCCUACAAGAUCUGUUUUUCUCUUCCCUUGGGCCAUUACAUUAUGAUUGAUAGAUUUCUCCUCCGAUAAUUGGGAUGUUUGGCGUUGCUGGUGGGUUGCAUUGGGAGGCGGGUAUUCAGUUAUUCUAAAUUUCACAGGGCAGAUGCCCUUCUCUUGAUCAUGAUAUAAAAAUUAUCACAAUCUCCGAAAGGUUGCUAUGCACUCGUGCGGACGGGCCAUGUCCCGUUGCAAACAUGUCACAGCUUGUACCACCUUCUUGGUAGCUAAAGUCCAUGGGAUUAUGUAGAAAAUGCAAUUCAACUAGC